AUGCCUCUCCUUCCGCGAAUAAACCCGGCUGUGGCCGCAUCUGAAUCCAAGAAGGACAAGCUCAAGGCCUUCAUGCGAGAAUGGUUUCUGGUGAACUGGAAGGAUCUUUCUUGCAUGGCGUUUGUUGGCGCUAUUGCCUUUGGUAUCUACCACUCUCCAGUCAUAAUCACGCGAACGUUCCCCAUUACUUUCGAUGCGACUUCCGGAGAUAUUGUCUACCCGCAAUGGGCGUACCCUGAUCGCGGCUGGAUUCUCCCUUCGUGGCUCGCGGGUCUUUUUUCCAUUGCUAUACCGAUCAUCAUCUACAUCGUCGCACAGAUCAGGAUCAAAUCCGCUUGGGAUGCGAGCAACGCUAUUAUUGGAACGAACUGGUCUGUUAUCUUGGCGUCGCUCUUCCAGGUUACCCUCAAGCAACUCGUCGGUGGUUUCAGACCCUAUUUCCUGGAUGUUUGUAUGCCGGAUAUUUCGCUCGCCAAAUCGCACAACAAGACUGGCCUGAAUGGAGUUGGUUUCUACCAGAUCAUGUAUACCACCGAGAUCUGCACCCAGCCUGAUCCCUCGAGGAUUCAGAACGCCAUUACUUCUUUCCCGAGCGGACAUACGACCGCCGCCUUUGCUGGAUUCGGUUUCCUUUUCCUGUGGCUCAAUGCCAAGCUGAAGGUCUGGGCUGACCACAAGCCUGCGUUCUGGAAACUGUUCCUCACAUUCCUCCCUCUCCUGGCGGCAGUUCUAAUCGCCGGCUCGCUUACUAUCGAUGCCGCACACAACUGGUACGAUAUCCUGGGUGGCGGUUUCAUUGGCACGAUCAUGGCAUUCGCAUCCUACCGCUCCACCUACGCAGCUGUCUGGGACUGGCGCUUCAACCACCUUCCGCUUCAAGAGACGGAGGCUUUUCGCUAUGGAUUUGACGGAGACCUGGAUUACGGAGCUCAGACAUUGUCGCUGGCUGCUGGCUGGGGAGGCAAGAAGGUUAGGUUGCCUGAAAGCUCGAGCGCGCCUGUCAUCAGCACCGAGUCUACGCUUCGCAGUGGCGCUGAGGAGAUAGAGAACCUGGAUGCGAACACUAGAAGGAAGCGAAGGGGACCUGUGGGCGAUGAGGCUGUGUAG